UCUCCGCGCCGGUCUCGGCGAUGCGUGGCGUCGUCCGCAGCGGCCUCGCCCCGCGCAUGGGCGUUGAGACCAUGGAGGGCGUGGGGCCCGAGACGGGCAACAAGGUGUUUGACCCGGUCGGCUUCGCGACGCUGGGCGGCGACGAGACGCUCGCCUUCUUCAGGCACGCAGAGAUCAAGCACGGCCGCGUGGCGAUGGCGGCGAUGGUGGGCUUUCUCUUUCACAUCAACCACAUUCACUUCCCCGGCUACCUCUCGCCCACCGCCGGCGUCACAUUUGAGCAGCUGUCUGCCGUCGGCCCCUUCGAGGCGUGGAACAGGAUCCCGCUGUUGGGCCAAUGGAAAAUCUUUUGGACCAUCCCCGGACUCGAGCACGGGUCCGAGUGCCUCGAUCCGGCCGGCCCCUACACAAAGGGGGGCCCCCCGGGGAACCCCAAGUUUCUCAAAAACUUUUGGGACCCCCCGGGCUUCCCCAAAAAGCUGAUUGAGGCCCAAAAGGGGGAGAAGCUCUUUUCCAACCUAAAAAAUGGCCGCCUCGCCAUGAUUGGCAUCGCCUCCGUCUGUGCGGCGACCGCCGUGCCCGGCUCCGUCCCCCUCCUCGCGAAUGCGCCUGCUCUGACCGGCCCUGGCUUCGCGCUGCCCUUCGGGACGUUCUGAGUGCCGAAGGGAGGCGCGAAGCUGAGUGAGACGUGCUGAGGCCAGUCGGUGCUGAGGCCAGUCGGGGCAGGCG